GCGCCAUUGUUGCAAUGACGUAAAUAUCGAGGGACAGAGGAGGGGAGUUUGAAGCUAUCAUUUUAGAGUGUCUUGAAAAAUGUAGCUAAAAUGAUAGUUAAAUGUAUUUUGAUAAGCAGCUAGCGCUACAUGCCAAUAGAUAAUCCGUUACAUUCGAUGAUAUUUUUUUUGGGCGACGCUUAUAACUAAUAUGUGCCAGUUUACUGCUAGCUAGGUAGCUAACUACAGUACAGUCAUAACAGCUCAUCGUUUUGGCUUUGAUCUUCUUACUUUAAUAGUGCUAUUCGGGAAACUUGUCUGCAAGUAUUUUGCAAAACGUGCACAGUUAGCUAGGAACAUUAACUAUCGUCUUACUGGUUAAAGAUUUUAGCCUCAUUAUUACCUAUAUCAUCUAGCUAGGUAACUCUCCUUUCCAGAAUAAUGGCGAGCGUUCAUGAAAGUUUAUAUUUUAACCCAAUGAUGACCAAUGGGGUAGUUCAUGCCAAUGUAUUUGGCAUCAAAGAUUGGGUCACUCCCUACAAAAUUUCUGUUCUCGCGUUGCUAUACGAGAUGACCACAUCCAAACCUAUUGCUCUUCAAGAAAAAAGGCGAUUGAACAAACUAAUUCUACCCCUUCAACAGGGCCCCGACCUGAACCUUGGCCAGUUUCUGAAGAGUGUUGAAGAAUGUUGCCCCCAAACGGCAUAUGCUGUUAAACUCAGGUUGCAUGAAAUGGCAGAUGGAGAGCUCAAGGACAUGGAAUACUUCUUUGCCACCCUUCCUAAUCCAUUCACCGCUUUUGAUUCGGAGGCUUACAAAACCAGUGUUGUUGGGCUUUUUAUGAGACACAUGCUUUUGGCCUACAACAAGCUGUCAUUCAGCCAGGUGUACAAGCUGUAUAAAUCCCUGCAGCACUACUACCACAGUCACUAUGCCCAGCCCAGUAACGGCCAGGGGGAGGUUCCUGUGUUGGCUGCGGACGACUCCGACAUGGACCUCACCAGCACAGAGGACACAGUCGGGGACAGGAUGGAGAAGGAGGACCUGGAUAUGCCCCUUUCCAAGGAUGAAGAUGCCCCAAGCAGAGGACCCCUCUCUCAAAAGCAAGCAGAAUAUUUUCUUGCCAGACAGGCCUACCUUCUGAAGAACGAUGAGAACAAAGCGCUGAAGCCGGCAGCUCUGCAGGACGAGCUCAACAACAUGCUGAAGUUCAACCCAGAUUUCUCAGAAGCGCAUUACCUGAGCUACCUGAACAGCAUGAGGGUCCAGGACAUAUACAUCUCCACCCACAGUCUGCUGCAUUAUUUCGACCGCCUCAUCCUGUCUGGGAGCGAGGGCAAGAGCAAUGGAGACGAGGGCUACGGCCGAAGCCUCCGCUACGCCGCCCUCAACCUGGCAGCCUUGCACUGUCGCUUCGGCCACUAUCAACAGGCAGACCUGGCUCUCCAGGAGGCUAUCCGCAUUGCUCAGGAGUCCAACGACCAUGUGUGUCUGCAGCACUGCCUGAGCUGGCUGUACACGCUGGAACAGAUGAAAGGGUCGGACAGCUCGGUAUUAACUGAAGACUCGGUCAAGAUAGCUGCCCAUUUCUGUCUGCCGUACCUGGCGUCUCUGGGCAUCCAGUCUCUGGUCCAGGAAGGGGCUAUUCAGGGCAGGAUGGCUCAUGAGCUGAUGGAUGCUCUGAAGGACACAGACAUCCUGCACUGGAAGCACAGCCUGUCAGAGCUCAUCGAGAUCAGUCUGGCCCAGACCACGUCCAUAUGGAGGAUGUAUGGCAAGAGCACGAUGGCCAAUCAGCAGGCCCAGCUUCUCCUCAACAUGAACAGUCUGGAACAGGUGAACUUCGGGGUCCAUCAGAACAACACAGAGCCCUUCUGCGUGGCGCUCUGCCACCUGGCCGCGCUGCACGCUGAACAGGGCCUUUAUGGGGCUGUGUCGGAGAUCCUGAAGCAUCUGAAGGAGCAGUUCCCCCCUCACACUCAGAACGCGAUGCUGUGGAUGCUGUGUGACCUGAAGAUCCAGUUUGAGAGGUCUAUGAACGACGGGAAGUACCAUGUGGCCGAGCCCCUCGUUACAGCCAUCGCCGCCUUGAACAAAACCGAAGGGCUCUACAGGCAAGCCCGGGUGCUGAAGGCCUUGAAUCGCACCACAGAAGCCUACAGCAUCCUACAGAGGCUGCAGCUACACUGUGAGAAGACUAAGGGCACAGAGAUGAUUAUCAGGGUGAUGCUGACCACGGCCGAGCUCCACUGGGAGUCAUCCGAGUUCGCCACCGCGCUCCCUCUCCUGCUGCAGGCGUUGGCCUUGGCCAGGCAGCACCACCUCCAGGCCCUGGCCUCCGAGACCAUCCUGCACCUUGCCUUCACGCAGCUGAUGCUGGGGGUUCCUGAGCAGGCGCUGAGCGUCCUCCAUGAGGCCAUGGAGCCCGUCCUGGCCCACGGAGCCGUCAUGGACAAGGGCCGCGCCCUGCUGCUCACGGCCCGCUGUCAGAUGUCCAUGGCCGGGCCCAGGCCCCUCGCCCAGAAGCACGAAGCCCUGGGCCUGGCUGUCCAGACUCUAGAGGAGGCGGCGGGCUACUUCUCCCUGCUGGACUGCAAGGAGCGUCUGAGGGACGUGUACUACCUGCAGGCCCAGCUGCACCACUCCCUGGGACGGGGGCCUCAGCGCAACCAGAGCGCCCUGCUGUUCAGACUGCUGGAUCAGGAGCUGCAGUCGCCAGCGGCGACCGUGGCAAGGCUCUGACAUCCAUUAACACACACCGCUCAUUAGCACACAUAACCUGCGUACGAAGUCGACCGUCAAUGACUUUGCAGGUUUGGUUACUUCCUUGUGGUGGUUUUAUAAAUUCGAUGUAUGAUAAAAUCGGCAUAACAAUUGUGGUUGUACAUUAAAUAUCAGACUGUAACUGUGAAUGAU